GCCGUUUACUCUACCGUUCGACAUUUCCGACACGUCCUCGAAGGUAACACCUUCAUUAUCUUCACCGAUCACAAACCGCUUACCUAUGCAUUCCGAAAUCAAUCAGCUCGACACUCACCACGUGAGAUUCGUCAGCUGGAUUUCAUUGCCCAAUUCUCUACGGAUAUCCGACACAUUUCUGGUCAACAAAACGUCGUCGCUGAUGCUCUUUCAAGAGUAUCUGCGAUCGGCUCUGCCGGGCAGGCAAUCGAUUUGUCUGCUAUGGCCGCCGCGCAAUCAAACGACCAAACCUUUUCGGAACUUCGCGAUUCUUCUUUGAAAAUAUCCCCGCACCCUUUGCCGUCAUCUGAUGGUACCAUUUUAUGCGACACAUCUACCGGACGACCUCGACCCGUCGUUCCAGAAACUUUUCGCCGUAUCGUUUUCGACACCCUCCACAAUAUCGCCCACCCAGGCAUUAAAGCUACUGCUAAGCUUGUCUCUGAGAGAUACGUUUGGCCGGGGAUGCAACGCGAUCUUACGCGCUGGGCACGCAGCUGUCUCACCUGCCAGCAAGCCAAGAUUCAGCGGCACGUGUCCGCUCCGCUUGGUCGCUUUCCGUCCGUUUCAGCGCGAUUUGCCCAUGUCCAUCUCGACAUCGUGGGACCUCUGGCCCCGUCCAAAGGAAUGGUCUAUAUUUUGACCAUGAUCGAUCGUUGCACCCGUUGGCCCGAAGCCGUUCCCAUCCCUGACGUAGCUGCGGAAACCGUAACACGCGCUUUCGUCGAGCGCUGGGUCGCUUCACACGGCUGUCCAGCCACAGUGACUACAGACCGCGGUCCGCAAUUCGAAUCUACGACCUUUAACGAUCUCCUUAAACUCAUUGGAUGCCAACGCAUUCGCACGACCGCCUAUCAUCCGCAAGCGAAUGGCAUGGUGGAACGUUUCCACCGACAGUUGAAAGCCUCACUUAGCGCCGCCAAUGCGCUGAGUUGGACUGAGGUGCUGCCUAUGAUCCUCCUUGGGAUCCGAUCAGCCCUAAAGGCCGAUCUACGUACGUCUAGCGCCGAGUUAGUAUAUGGACAACCACUGCGUUUACCUGGCGAUUUCUUCUCCGUUAGUCCCAGAAUUACCCGUUACGACGCAAAUUAUGCACGUCAGCUUGCCACGAGCAUGCGUCAGUACAAGCUUCCCGACGUUAGAGAACAACAACGUAAAUCUUAUAUUCCACAAGACCUGCAGCAUUGUCCGUUCGUUUUUCUCCGCCUCGAUGGUCUCCGCAGACCACUGGAGCGACCUUACGAAGGUCCUUUCAAGGUCCUGCAGCGUAAGGACCGCGUUUUUAUCAUCGACCGUCACGGUAAACGCGAAGCCGUUACGAUUGACCGUCUCAAGGUUGCUCACGUGGAACCUGAGCUCAACGAAGACCCUUACUCGUCUUCUGACGAAUCAACGCAGCCUAUGAUGGAAGACUCGACUGCUUCCAACAUCCCUGACCCCAAGUUUCACGCCCCAUCCAAGCCUUCCACUUCAGCUCCACCGCUUCCCAUCGAACCAACUGCCACGUCUUCAGCAGUUCCUCCAAUUUUGCGAUCCGAUAGGACGUCUAAGACGACGCCUUCCUCUGAUUCGAACAAGUCGACUAGGUCGGGUAGACGCGUUCAUUGGCCAGCGCGAUUAAGGGAUUAGUGUUCCUUUCACUUUCCUUAUCGUUUUUCUUUUCCUUUUGGCCAACAACGUACCAAACCCCCAAAAGCUUUUGAAAACGCCAAAAAACCGACAAAAGUUUUUUUGAAAACCUAAAAAGAACGCAAAAUGUUUUGAAAACCCAAAAAAGAACAAAACGUUUUGAAAACACAAAAAGAGCUGCGUUUUGCCUGACGCCUACCUCAUCCGGUAAGUGUCACUCUUGCUUUUGCCCUCGCCUCCACCGUCACUGCUCUUGUUUCCGUUUAUCUUCCAUGUAUGAACCGGAGGAGAUGCCGAGGCUGAAGCGAACACUUGACCAUCACGAACUCGCGAACAUUUGACGCUUACGAACUCCCCCCAUUUUGUGUUUUUGGCACCGUUAGGGAGGACACGGGUGGGAGCCCGCUAGGGUCCGAUCGCCUGGUUCUCCCCCAGCAGCUGCAUCAGGUUUCACUACCUGGUCUCGCAGAAGGCUGGCCCGCGACGGACAGUCCUCACGUAGAUCGAAGGGUCACCCACGGUUUCCCUUCUAGGAGGGGGGCUGUGUAGCGACCUGGAGAUUCCCCCGUAUGACUGUGUAAACUAUUCUAAAAUAUUCAAAUUAUAGCUUUCUUAUGUAUUAGGGAACCAUUCGGUUUGCCUGUUGGAACGUUGUUCCCGUUUGUUGGAAACACGAAAACGAUCUCCGCCUUUGGCGCGCGC